AUGGACUUCCCAUGGCCGCCCCCAAGCCCACCAAGCGGCAGCAACGCCAGCCUGGCCGACGAACUACCAGACUACAGCACCUCGCCCACCGUAUGGCUUGCCGCAGUCGCCAGGAAGGUCUACCCGGCCUCCGACUGCUACCACGGGUGGGACAUCCAAAUCACCACCGAGGCAGCAGCCCCGGCCUCCUCCUCUGAGGACCACCACAGCACCCCCCGCUGCGACGUGAUCACGAUUUCCCAUUCCGCGUCGCGCACCGUGCUGAUCCUGGUCGCCGGCCCGGACGAUGAUGAGGUUUCCCUCGAGUCCCCGCGAUCCGAAGCAGAAGAAAAAGCAGACGCCACCGCCAUCAUCUGGCAGCGCCGCCGGGCGUGUCUGCAGCAGCAGUGGGAACGCCACAACCUGGGCGACGAGUCCGACGAGACCAAGGCGCCGUCCAUCCACGGCGCCGUGCUCGUCCGCGGCCAGCUCAUCUUCGGGGAGUACCCGGGCUCUGCCAGCCCAUCGUGGGUCAACACCACGGAUAACGAUGCCCCGUUGGAGCCAUGGCGAUUGUCCGAGAAUGAAGGCAGGGCCUGGUUUGCCGAUAAGCUGCUGGAGAUCCGGUUGUCUGCCGGGGAGCCCCGCUAUGAGGUGGCGUACUGGGUCUGGACGAAGCUGGGACUGUCGUAUGCGGACUGGUUGAAUCUUGGGAAAUACGACCCGCUUGAGUUUGAGUAA